AUGGCUCUCGUCAACGUUCGCCGCGAUGUCAGCGAUGCUUUCUAUCGUUACAAGAUGGAGCGUCUGCAGACCAAGAUUGAAGGUAAAGGAAACGGUAUCAAGACCGUUGUCGUCAAUCUGAGCAGCGUUGCUGCCUCUCUUGCCCGUCCUGGCUCUUAUGUCAUCAAGUACUUUGGUUUCGAGCUUGGUGCUCAGACCAAUAUUGAUCCCAAAGACGACCGUUGGAUCAUCAACGGUGCUCACGAUGCUCCCAAGCUUCAGGAUCACCUCGAUGGUUUUAUCAACAAGUUCGUCCUCUGCAAGAAAUGCAAGAACCCCGAGACCGAUGUUGUCAUCAAGGAUGAUCGUAUCCUGCUUGACUGCAAGGCCUGCGGUCAGCGUACCGAUGUUGACAUCCGCCUGAAGCUCAGUGGCUUUAUCCUCAAGAACCAGCCCAAGAAGGGCAAGAAGGACAAGGCCGAGCGUAGGGCUGCCAAGAAGGCUCGACAGAACGGCAACGCUGCCAAUGGCACCAACGGUCAGAAUGGUGCUGGCAGUGAUGAGGCAUCUGAGAACGGCUCAAACGAGAACGGCGACGAGGACGUUGGCAGUGACGACGAGUUUCAAAAGGUUGCGGCUGAGGCCGCCGAAGCCGCUCAGGAGAACGAAGUCAAGGAGCAUGAAUGGGCUGUUGACAUGAGCGAGGAAGCUGUCAAGGCCCGUCAGGCCUCUCUCCCAGGCGAGUUCAAGCAGAAGCUCAACAUUGGCGAUGAUGAUGAUGAAGAAGGCGAGGGUGGCCCCACCGUCUACGAUGAGCUUGGUGACUGGAUUCAGUCCCAGGCCGAAGAGAAGGGCAGCGUCGACAAGGUCGAGUCCAUCGACAUCUAUGUCAAGGCCAAGGAGCUUGGUAUUGAAGGCAAGCAUCGUAGUGUUCUUGUUCUUGUCCAGACCAUCUUCGAUAAGAACAUUGUUGCUCAAAUCCCCAAGCGUGCUAGCAUGCUCAAGCAGUUUGUUACUUCUGAGCGUCACGAGAAGGCUCUUCUUGGUGGAACCGAACGUCUCGUCGGUACUCUGGCCGCUGACCACCCCGAGAUGUUCCAGUCUAUCGUCAAGAUUCUCCAGCUCUACUACCAUUAUGACUUGAUCAGCGAGGAGGUUGUGACCAAGUGGGGAUCCAAGGCUAGCAAGAAGUACACCGACAUCUCCACCUCUAAGAAGGUUCGCAAGGCUGCUGAGCCUUUCUUGACCUGGCUUGCCGAGGCUGAUUCGGAGGAGUCUUCUGACGAGGAGUGA